UUCAAUGACGCAGAAGCGCUGAGAAGAGGCUAAAGAAGACGCGCAGGAGAUGGCCGCUUCCAUGUCGUGAAUGUGAGGACUGACAAAGAUUACUAUUUUAUCCAACUGCUGAACUCGUCGAAAUCAUAUUCGAGUCAUAUACCAUACCGGCUUUUGCUGUACAGACCUGCUCAACUAUUGCUGUCCAACGGCGGACUGAUAGUCCAGUUUGGCUUCAGCGGUCACUAAAUGAAGGACGGCAGGGAGAACUCUAACACCGCUGCUGGAAGUUUUGCCACAAAUCUGGACCACACAAAGCCAUGCUGGUACUGGGACAAGAAGGAUCUGGCCCACACCCCGUCCCAGUCCGAUGGCAUGGAUCCAGCUAUAGAGGCCCGGUACAGACGGGAGGGAGCCCGCUUCAUUUUUGACGUCGGAACACGUCUGGGACUACAUUAUGACACUCUGGCAACUGGAAUAACAUACUUUCAUCGUUUUUACAUGUUUCAUUCUUUCAAACCGUUUCCCAGAUAUGUGACUGGGGCUUGUUGUCUUUUCUUGGCUGGUAAAGUGGAAGAAACCCCCAAGAAGUGUAAAGACAUCAUUAAAACGACUCGCAGUCUGCUCAAUGACGUGCAGUUUGCGCAGUUUGGAGAUGAUCCGAAGGAAGAGGUCAUGGUCCUGGAAAGAAUUUUACUUCAGACAAUCAAGUUUGAUUUACAAGUUGAGCACCCCUACCAGUUUCUGCUGCGCUAUGCCAAACAGCUCAAAGGUGACAAGAACAAAGUUCAGAAGCUUGUGCAGAUGGCAUGGACCUUUGUCAAUGAUAGCCUCUGCACAAUGCUGUCCCUUCAGUGGGAGCCCGAGAUCAUAGCCGUGGCAGUCAUGUACCUCGCCGGCCGGCUGUGUAAGUUUGACAUUCAGGAGUGGACCUCUAAGCAGUCGUCUCGCCGCUGGUGGGAACAGUUUGUGCAGGAUGUCCCGGUGGAGCUGCUGGAGGACAUCUGCCACCAGAUUCUGGAUUUGUACUCUCAGGGCAAGCAGCCGAUACCCCAGCAGCCUCAGAUACUGGAGAAAGAGAAACCACCGCCGCCUCCUGCUGCUCAGCCGGGCCAGUCGGGGGGGCAGAACCCACCUGCUCAACCUCCCACCAAAAAAAACUCCCCCCAGGCCAGCCCACCCGCCAAGAUCAAACGACAACAUGUCUCUCCUAAAGACGAACCUAAAGCUCCAACAGAGCAGGUUGGGUCUAAGAUACCACGCCUGGAGAGUCCUAUGCCCCCUCUUCCUGUGUCCCAACCCCCAGAUCGCAAGGCUCCAUCUGUGAUCCCAGCUCCUCCUGCUGAAGCAGAACCGGCCGCAUCAGCUGACAUGGAUCCAGCACAGGGCCCGGCUCCUCCCCUGCCCCACGGGGCCCCGCCCCCUCUACCUCACCGCCCCCCACCCCCUCCUCCCUCCAGCUAUAUCAUGGGAAUGUCCACGUCCAGUUCGUACAUGUCCGGCGAGGGAUUUCAGAGUCUGCAGUCCAUGAUGAAGACUGAAGCGCCCUCUUACGCGCCCAUGCCCCCUUCAUUUGGGCACCCGUACCACCCGCACGUCUAUUCACAUGCAAACCCCCCGCCUCCAGGCCCUCCGCCCCCAAGCUCUUACCCUCCUCCCAAUCUGCCUCCGCCCACCCCAUCUUACCCCCCUCCAGGCUACAACCCCAGCUACCCCCCUCCGCCGCCGCGUAUGCCUCCAGGGCACACUGUGCCCCCUCCUGUAAUGGGCUUACCGCCCGCUGGGUACCCACCUCCACCCGGCCAACCUCAGGUGCCCCUGCCGCCCCACGGCAUGCCACCUGUGGCAGGAUUGAACAGAGGGGCGUGGAUGAGAUGAGAGGUGAUUAAAUCAGUCCUUCACAUCUUGGUUUAGGCCCAUGAUACAUGUGCCUGUCUACAAUAUACAGUCUGUAUCAGCUUUCUAUGUGUUCUGAUGCAGGAUUCACAGGAAGGUACAGACAUUCCAGCCGCCUGGGUUUAAAGGGAUAUUUCACCCCAAAAUGAAAAACUAUAAAAAACUGAAAAAAAUAUAUUCACUGUUCCUUAUGCUGUUCUAAACCUGUAUGCAAAAAC